AUGGCGAUGGUAUCUCCAAAAUCAUUGCGACUACUACAACUACAAUCUUCCUCACCUGCCUGUUUUUCAUCUCCAAAAUUUCCAGCCCAAUUUCACCCAGUAAGCACAACCAGUCUUUUCUCUCCUAAAAGAGCACCCCAUACUCAUAUCACUACCCGCAGUACCAAUAAAUCAUCGCGCCUCAUAACGGGAGCCUCUGCAUCCAAUUACACCCCAGACACCGGUGAAAUCCUUAGUGAUGUUACCAUUUUUACUGCUGCUGGUGAACCUGUCAUGUUUAAGGAUCUUUGGGACCAAAACGAGGGAAUGGCUGUUGUUGCGCUUUUGAGACACUUUGGAUGUCCUUGCUGUUGGGAACUUGCUUCCGCUUUAAAGGAAUCGAAAGAAAAAUUUGAUUCAGCUGGCGUCAAGCUAAUUGCAAUUGGUGUUGGUACUCCUGAUAAGGCGCGGAUGCUGGCUGACCGGUUACCAUUUCCGAUGGACUGCCUUUAUGCUGAUCCUGAGCGCAAGGCUUAUGAUGUCUUGGGCCUGUACUAUGGUUUUGGACGUACAUUCUUCAAUCCAGCUAGCGCUAAGGUGUUAACAAGAUUUGAUGCUCUGCGUCAAGCUGUGAAAAACUACACCAUCGAAGCCACCCCAGAUGAUAGAAGUGGUGUACUGCAACAGGGAGGAAUGUUUGUCUUCAAAGGAAAGCAGUUGUUGUUUGCCAGGAAAGAUGAAGGGACAGCCAUGGACAAGUGCCAUCAAUGUUACUUUGUUAACAAUUAUCUUGCAUAUUAUCCCCGUGCUACACCGGUUAGUUUUUAUGGACCUGCGAAUCAACAUGAGAUUUAUGAUUACGCUAAGAGUCUCAUGAAUGGUUCAAUAUCUUAUGGACCUUCUAAGAGGUUCUUCUCAUAUGCCAAGAUUGCAACCUAUACAAACUGUGGCGUUAAAGGAGGCAAUAAUGCAUUUAAUGACAGUGAAGAAUGGUGA